UUCUCCUUAUUUCCAGGUUGAAGCUCUCCUUGCUCAGUUUCCAUCCGUUAUUCCUUGCUUGGCCUUCGGGUGCUUUUGGAAAAGCUGCUAGGAAAAUGUGUCCCAUCACAGCACAGGAGAAUACAGAAGAGGACCCAAAGAGAAGCCGUGAUGAGAAUUGGGGAGCCCUGCUCAUCCACCCAGUCCAUGCGAGAAGACUACAAGUUCCCUAAAGGGAGAAAAAAGACCCUUAUUUGAUGCAGCCCUGAGUUCCUAGAUCGUGGAAGUCGAACCUUUAGCGACUUAAGACUUGUGGGCUUCAAUGCCCAGAGUUCCCCAGCCAGCUAUGCUUAAAAGUUGCAUUCUGUGAGUUGAAAUCCACGAGUCUUAAAAGUUGGACACACACACACCCCCCCUGUACUGGGUGGGAAACCCCUUUAGCAUUGAAAAGUAUCUUUAGAUCCUCCCAAAUCUUAUUUCUUUAUAAACUUGCACCUUAGCAAACGCCAAGUAAAGUCGGCUUGGUGGCGAGGUGCAGAAUUCUCUUCUGGAUUUCCUUUUCAGGGUGCAGAGUGCGUAGAGGAAUCCCCAGUGAGGGAUCUUGCUGUGUCUCCACUCUUGCACAACUUAUACGGUGCUGGUUGAGGUUGGCGGCUUACUUUGAAAUAAAGUCUUUACUCCAUCUCCCCUCUCUUCUUCUCAGCCCCCCAAGUCCUCUCUUCUCCUCCAGCGCAGCUGCAAAUAAAACCUUUCCUGUCAUUAUGAUCUCGUUUGCUAGGAAACCAGCGUUCAUUGUGUGAUGUCACACUCGGUCUCCAGAUAAAAGCAUUGUGAUGUUCUAGAACUCUUUCCUGAAGCUCCUGCUGCCUAGCCUCUCUCUUUGGGGUUUUGUUUUUUAAUAGACCUGCCGGCACUCUUCCCCGGCAUGGUUCGUCAAACAGCAUAACAAUGGCGACCGCGGAAAGCUACCUGGGUGACCACAGGGAACUGGACACGGCUCUUCCCACUGUGCAGACUCAGCCCGUUUCAGACGAAGAUGAGGCGAGGCCUCCGGCGAUUCCCCUCCCCUCCGCCCCCAUGCACAACAAAACCGCCGGCGGCGACUUUGCCCUGCGGUCGAUGAUCGAAGAGAACGCCUUCCAAGCGUUGAGCGACGGGCCCUGGGCGAAGCGGCCCCGCCUGUCGCUCUGCGAGGAAGCCGGCCUGGAAGACAACGAUUUCCUCUCGCUGACUUUCCCCAAGAAGCUCUGGAAGAUCGUGGAGAGCGAGCAGUUCAAGUCUCUCUGGUGGGACGACGAGGGCAGCUGCGUGGUGAUCGACGAGGAGCUGUUCAAGAAGGAGGUGCUGGAGCGCAAAGGGCCCAUGCGCAUCUUCGAGACGGACUGCAUGAAAAGCUUCAUCCGCCAGCUGAACCUCUACGGCUUUAGCAAGAUGAGGCAGAACUUCCAGCGGUCGGCCUCCCUGGUCGAGUUUUUAGCGGAGGAAAAGGCCGCUUACGCGUUCAGCAAGCUCCAGUUCUACCAUAACCCCAAUUUUAAGAGAGGAUGCCCCCACCUUCUCGCGAGGUGCAAGCGAAGAGUUGGAAUCAAAAACAUGCCGCCCGUUGCUUUCUCGCUAGAGGAAGAUUUCGGCGAAAUCUGUCUGAAGAGCAGGUCCGGAAGCCCAGAAGGUCCACCUUCUCUGGGGUCUUCUUCCCGGGAAAACAGCUUCCUGACCACUUCUCCCAAAGAUAAGAUGCACAAACUUGGUCUUCGGAAGCCACCUGUGACCAAAGGCCUUGCUGGAACGGUAGGCCGUCUGAGAAGCGGGUUCGCGCCUUCUCCGACCCCUUUGAGGUCUUCAGAUCAGGGUCCACCCGAGGACACUGAGAACAAGAUCAACCAGCUGGCGCCUUUCCACUUGCCCCAGCACCCCAACCAUGCUCGAGUCAACACCCAUGAGAUCGAUUCCACCACCACCACGUCAGCUACCUCAUUGUAUCACGUCAUACCUCCCGUCCCCAACAGCCCCUUUGCGCCAAUGAUUGGGCUGCCCGCCUUCCCAACCAUGUAUCCAGACUUAUCCGCCAUGCAAGCUCACUGGGCCAGCAUCCUUCCCUUCUGCAACCCGUGGUUCUCCAUGCCGAUGAUAGCGGCCGCUUCGGCUAUUUCUAUGUCCAGGUCUUCCCAUCACCACCGAACUCCUUCAUACCACCAUUGUCCUAACUGCAACUGUACGUCCAACCCUCCGUCCGCUUCCAAAGGAGCCGGACCCAAAACAGCAGACUAUGCCGGGUACCAUCGAUAAAAAGGACUGGGGAAAUUCUGGAGACGUUUUGCAUCUACUUAAAAUAAGGGAAUCUAUCCACGGCAUUGGCUGAAGAAUAAACUUUUGUUCUUCCUG